AUGUCAAAAGGAACUUCUUCAUUGGGUAAACGCCACACCAAGUCUCACACUCUGUGCCGUCGUUGUGGUAAAAGAUCUUUCCACAACCAAAAAAAAACCUGUGCUCAGUGUGGUUAUCCUUCGGCAAAGAUUAGAUCUUUCAACUGGUCUGGAAAGGGUCAGCGAAGAAAGACUACUGGUACUGGUCGUAUGAGAUACUUGAAGGAAAUCCGCCGUCGCUUCAAAAAUGGUUUCCGUGAAGGUACUACAAAGGCAUCUAAGCCGGCAAAACCUUAA